CCCCUCUCAAGAUGGUGGCUGGGGCUGGUAUAAAUACCCAGCAGCGCGGCCGGGCGACAUUUUCUUCUUGCGAAGAAAAGAAAAGAAUCUACCAUUUUGUCUAUUUACUUGCUCAUCCUAGCUCACCACCCAUUAAAACACACUAUCCCGCAAAAUGGCCUCGGCAGGACCCAGCCCAAAGAUGCUCAUCAUGCCCUCGGGCGAGCCCCUCACCACAAAGGCCGUGCGCACAGGGCGCGGAGCCAAGCCGCACGUGCCCAGCGCCUGCACAAACUGCAAGAAGGCGCAUCUCGCCUGCGAUCUCCAGCGGCCAUGCCACCGGUGCGUCAACUCCGGCAAAUGCGACACGUGCAAGGACGUCCAGCACAAGAAGCGCGGGCGGCCACGCUCCAAGGACAAGGCGCAGGCUGCAGGCAGCGGCAGCGGCAGCGGCAGCGGCAGCAGCAUCGGGGUUGAGUCCAAGUCGCCGAUGGAAACACAAAUGUUCCAGUUCUCAUUUAUGACCGAAAGCGGAGGCUCGCCAACCGCCACGGCGGCGCCGUCCUGCUCGCCCUCGGCGGCGCCCUCAGCGCCGCCAUCGCCCAAGCCAUCGCACAUUUCUCUGCCGCCGGCAGCCUGCACCGCGCAUUUAUUCCUGACGCCCGGGCUCCUGUGCUUGCGGCUGGAGGAGCCGGCGGCCGAGCGCGCAAUGCUCGGGCAUUCGCUCCUGAGCCUGAUCAACCGCAGCAUGGUGGACUUUAUAAGCCCCCACGAUAGGCCUGCGGUGCUGGCGGUUUUCGAAUCCCUGCGGGCGCAGCUGUCCCAGCGGCUGGUCGCCCAGCGCUCAGUGUACGCAUCCUCGGUGCUGGGCAAUCCGCCACGCGCCGUCGACCCCAAUACUUUCCAGGCGCUGCCGCUCCCCCGGCUGCUUCAGCGCGUGUGCUCGGAUAUCACCGGGUCUGUGCGCGCGCAUUUGCGCACGGCGUCUGGCGCCCAUGAUCUAUUCGACAUCCACGUGUUCGUCGGCGCAGUCUCCUCGCCGCCCCUGGCCACUGCCGGCGUAGUCCUGGAUGAGGCGUACUUUGUCUGCCGCAUUACGCGCUUCGACGCCCUGCGCGAUAUGCUCGCUGUGCCGUUGACCUUGUCGCCGCGGGGUACGUCCAAAAGAGAGCUUGCGGAGGAGGAUGUGUGGCCUAGUAAGCGGCGGCUUGUAGGGCCGGCGGCUCAGCAGAAUACCUCUUGCGAUGCUCUUUAUAUGCUCGCCGAGGUUACCGAUAGUGGGGCGAGCGAUGAACAGUCGACGGUGUUUUCGUCUCCGCAGUUGUCUGCCUCUUCGCCUUCGUUACGCGCGACUGUGUCGUCUCGGCACACGAUGCUGCCUUCUUUGGCGGAUAUGCUUAGGUCGUUGGAUAACCCGGACUCGAUGCGCUUUGCGCGGUGAAUGCUUUUUUUUACCCCUUUUAUAUUUUAUACAUUUAAUUAAUUAUUGCCCUGUACGAUUUUCCCUUCCAAACUAUUUUGAAAAAGAAAAAAAAAGAAUAAAACUUUUUUUAUGCGUG